GUCAGAUUGGUUGCAUUUCUCAACGCGUAUUUCACUACAUUAAAAUCACAAUUGCAGGAAAAUCUGCGGAAAAGUGAACAAAACGCACAAUCACACCACAAAGAAAUAACUUUACAGAAAACAAUAGUUUUUGAUAAAGGGAGAAUUUAAUUCGCACAUAUAAUAGCAUUUAACUAAAAAUUGUUAGUUGUUUAUCGCGUUCAACCUACAUAUAUAUAUACAUAUAUAUAUACAUUUCGAUUACGAGUGGAAGAAUUUUUAGUUCGCCGCCACUAGUAAUAUGCAAGCCAUUAAGUGCGUCGUGGUAGGUGAUGGCGCGGUUGGUAAGACCUGCUUGCUUAUUAGCUACACAACGAAUGCCUUUCCUGGCGAGUACAUCCCCACUGUGUUUGAUAAUUACUCAGCAAAUGUUAUGGUUGAUGCGAAACCUAUUAACCUCGGUCUGUGGGAUACAGCCGGACAGGAAGACUACGAUCGAUUACGCCCGUUAUCAUACCCGCAAACGGAUGUUUUCCUUAUCUGCUUUUCGCUGGUCAAUCCAGCGUCAUUUGAAAAUGUACGCGCUAAGUGGUAUCCGGAAGUGCGUCAUCAUUGCCCAAACACGCCCAUCAUACUAGUAGGAACAAAAUUGGACUUGCGCGACGAUAAAAAUACCAUUGAAAAACUGCGUGACAAAAAAUUAGCACCAAUUACUUACCCUCAGGGAUUGUCUAUGGCUAAAGAAAUUGGUGCUGUUAAAUACUUGGAGUGCUCAGCACUUACACAAAAAGGUCUUAAGACAGUAUUCGAUGAGGCCAUUCGCUCCGUUCUUUGCCCAGUACUACAACCUAAAUCUAAACGUAAAUGUACGUUACUCUAAUUUGCCGCUUGUCCCAGCCGUGCGUCGUACAAUAGACGUAACACUCCGAGUGGAAGGCAAACCAAUUGAAGUUAAAACGGGAAAACGCCCAUCGCUUGUAAACAAAAUCGAAAACAAAGAGAGAUAUCAAAACUAACCAAAAAUAAUAGAAAUUAACUUUGUAUACCAAGCCCUCGAUGUUGCUGAGGUGCAAAAUACCAUCAAGUGUUGGAUGUUAAAUUUCGUCGUCAUUAUCGUAUAUAAAAUUCUUCACUAAUCUAGAAUUUAGAGUACGAAUGAAGUUAUUUGUAAAAUAAUUGAAGCAGAUGCCAUCUUUGCUCCAUAUAUUUUCGCAAUGCUACAUUAUCAGCGCGAAUGACUAAUUGCAUUAAUUUGAUAUAUGUAUGUAUAUUCUGCCCUAUAUUAAAGCGGGUUGAAUAACCAAAGGUAAACGCAGAUUAUAUUUUUCAAAACAGUGUAUACAUUAGCUAGGUGAGCGCAGUCAAUGUACCAAGACACCAGUUUUGAAUGAGGCACUUACUCAAAAUUUUUUGCAAAUACAAUUAUUCUUCUCUGCUAUUUUUUGAGCGAUUAGUAUUAUAUACAAUUUUUAUUGUUUAAUAAAUAAACUUUAUAAACUUCGUUUUUUGUAAAUGUUCCAUUGUGCAUUAAUUUGAAACUAAAAGUUUUGAUGUCUAUUUAAAAAUAAUAAUAAACGAUGACACAUUAUUAAAUCAAAUAAUAAAACGAGCGUUAUUUAAUGAAAUAUGAAAUAAAGAAACUGAGAAUCAAAUAAUGAAAAAAAAUUAUAAAAAGAAAUGCAUAAGUGGAAGAUGAUUUACGAAAAAAAUCGAUAAUUGAAUUACACGAGAAAAUGUAUUAGAGCAGUUCAUAUAGUAUAAUACCUAUAUAGGCAUCUAACCAAAAAUUAACUACGAUUCAAAAAAUAUUAUAUAAAACUUAAUAAAACUCACGCAUAUUCAAAACCAAUUAAAUGUUUGCAAAUUGUCUCUAUAAUGUACUGUAGAUGUAUUAAAACCAAAAAUAUAUAUGUAGAUGCUGAUACGAGAUCUUAAAAUCAUAGGUGAUUAAAUAUCCUUGAAAUUUUACGAUUUUUUAAGCGCUUAAAUAAUUUGUAAAACAUGUAAAUGUAAAAAAGUGCAGUAUGGAAAUACAUAAAAUUAAGUACGAAUCAUACGUAGGUAUAUUCAUAAACAAAAAAGCAACCUUCAUGCAAAUAUAAUUUUUACUACUGCUAUAAAAAGAUUACUUGAUGUUAAUUUCAUUACAGAUUAAUGGAAUUAAUAAAAAAUAACAGUGUAUGUCUCUGAGAAAAAAACAAUGUGUUAUAUUUUAUUAAGUGUUUUUGGACGCAUGCAUUUUAUAUACGUAUGUACUUACAUACAUAUACAUAUAUCUAACCGAUAUAUAUGGGAGAGCUGCUAGAGUAGAUACAAAUUCUUAAUUAGCGUAAUAAGUUACAAAUCAGUGCUGGAUUUGUUGGAGCUUGGCCGCUGCAGCCGAAUGGCUUGCUGCGUGACUACAAUACGGAAGUACACGGGUUUGAAGCCCCGGGCACAAGGCACGAAAUGAUCGAAACAAGUUUUUUAAAUAACGGUCGUUCCUCGGCAAGUAAUGUCAAAUCUCCAAGCGUAUAUCUGCCAUGAAAAAGCUCCACAUAAAAAUCAUUUGUACAUAUAUAUGUACAUACAUAUAUGAUAAGUAUUAUGUGUGGAGUAACAGCCCUUUAUCGGAUAUAAAUCUGCUGAAGUGACUAUUCUUGACUGGAUAUAAAUCUGACCCCUUCCGGCAAGGUAGAACCGACUGUUGUUGUAGCAGUUUGCAGGUCGCUGCUUAAAGCAGUGAAACUAACAGUUCAUAUCAGCUCUUCUAACUGGUGGGUCAGGAAACGGAUGGUACCAAAGAAAGGGACGGGUGUGGCUCGUUAGUGAGUGAGUCUAAGCGAGUAUACGAAGAGAGAGUUAGUGUCAUGCGUGGUACUUUUAUGUCCCGUAAAUAUGUUGAGCAUGUUGGGGUCCGUUCCAAAUAAAUGGGAGCUUAACUUGCAACAGAAUCUAGGACGUAAUUGCGGGAACAUUUGCCUACUUAAUUUAUAUUAUAAACAAUCAUAUUUAGUAGUUAAGAAUUUGUGUACCGAUGCAUUUUAUUAAUUAAUGCUAUCGAAUAAGAAAAUCAAUAUCGAAUAAAAAUUAAAAAAAUUA